UUCAGUUGAACCAAACCUGACAAGUGGGAGAAAGAGGAAAAGGUCAAAGAACAGAGAAUUGAACCAGUGAAGGGUUGUGAUCGACACAUCGGAUAUUAUCCAGUAUGAUGCACGGCACAGUUGUCCAAACUUCAUAAAAGUAAAAAGAGCAGCUCUUCGUUGUGAAAGCAGAAGUGGAGCAUCCAGACAUGCCUAAAGGCUUUACCUGCCUGGCGAGCCCUGAGGGGGGAGACGACAGGUAUGAGACCCCUCCAGCAUCUGAGCUUCACAGGCUAAUGUGGACAAAGAAAGGGACCAGCAACCAUCUGGAUGAGGUUUUCCCAAGAAUAUACAUCGGAGACAUGCACGCGGCCAAAGACAAGAGGAGCCUCCAGGCUCACCUAGUCACCCAUGUGCUCAACGCCGCUGAUGGGAAGUUCAACGUAAACACGGGACCCAGCUUCUACCGGGACACCAAAAUCACUUAUUAUGGUGUGGAAGCUUUCGACAUGCCAUCCUUUAACUUGAGCCCCUUCUUUCACCCUGCAGCAAAUUUCAUAAGAACUGCUUUGAGCUCGCCAACAGGGAAGGUGUUCGUCCAUUGCGCUAUGGGGCUCAGCCGCUCAUCCACCUUGGUUCUGGCCUACCUGAUGAUUCAUGAACGCAUGACACUAGUGGAUGCCAUCAAAGCCGUCAGCACCAACAGGAACAUUUCACCCAAUGAGGGUUUCUUGGAGCAGCUCAGAGAGCUGGACAAAAAGCUCCACUGCCAUGGAAUGUCAAGAAGCUGAAGCACAGUGACUGGAUUCCUCCUGGUGUAUAGAGAGAACCCAAACAGAUGCAGUUGUUCUCACGAUGCUCUGCCAUGGACAGUUAUAAAUAUUAUAUAUUUAGCUUCUGACUUCCAGAUUGAAUCACAUCUUAAAAUGAAUGCUAUGACUGCUAACUGAGUCUAUUAUGAAAUAAUUGCUUGUGAAUAAUUGCUUGUUAAUAUUGGAAUCUACCAUUGACUGUGUAUGAGAACGGGACUGAGUGACCCCUACCCCCCUGGGCGUUCCAAACAGGAAGUACCUGCUCGCCCCAAGACUUCUAUAGAGAAAUAAAAAGCUAUUAUUCGGUUAAUAUAUUAGUCAGAAUAAUCAUUCUUGUUCUGAUACCCUUUUUUUUUAAAGAUGUUCUUGCUAAUCCUCAUUUUUUUUAACACCUUACUUUUUUCAUUGCAAGUUUCUCAAGUUAUAAACUGGCCAUUCAGACCCCUUAGUAAAAGUUUGGGGUCUCACGUAAAACAUUCAAGACAUUUAACUGACAGAUUCUCCAGAACAAGCUUUAAGUAGUAGGGAUGUGGACAAUCAACAAGCUCAAUCCUGAUUGGCGAGAGUGGUUGCUAUAGAGACUUAACAGAAACAUAGACCGACCCCUACCAACCAACGCUUACAAAAUGGCGUCAGUAUCACAAAAAAAUGGCAACUAAAUUGACUUAAUUCCGUUGGAGCAAGAGGUAAACCAUUUUCUGUGGGUGACAUCACAGUUUAUCUGUCCAGUUGUCUCAUGCAGUCAGUGGUGUCUACUUCAAUAUUCAAAACUUCUAAAUUUUUGGGUUCUAUUUUUAUUCAUUUUGAAAAGAAAGUAGAGGUGUUGAUUUCAUAUGCUAAUGGCUAUCAACUCCUAAGCAACACAGCCUUACCAAGUGUGUUGCAAAUACAAACACAACUUCUCAUUUGGUCUGUUCGCAUAUUUAAAAAAAUGUACUGGUGUGUCAUCCAGCCAAUGUGUCAACCAUACAUUUCUGUUCAGAUCAACUUUGACAAAAGCUUUAAAAAAAAACUAAAUAAAUUAAGUGCAAAGUCUAGAGUCCAACCAAGACUUUAGAUUUUGUGAUAGGAAGCUAAAAUUUAAUUCAAACAUUUGCCUAUUUUGUGGAUGUGGGUGAAGGUUGUCAUUCAAGGUGGCGUUGUCUUGAAGUUGAGUCAUAGCAACUGGACUUAAAACCUUCGUCCUUGAAACAGUUCUCAGCUCUUUAUCAGUCUAAGUGGUGCAUGAUUACGUCCAUAUUUGGAUCCUCCAGGUGGAUUUCCCCCUCAUUUCUGCAAAUAGAAGCAGUGUAGUUUAUACAGUCCGGUGCAGGGAAAAUUGCUCAUUGGAGAAACAAAAAAUCAGCUUAAGACCAGUUUCUGUCAUUUUCAUCUAAGAGACAAAAUUAUAAUAACCAUUGGAUUUAUCUGCACUUUUCCAGAUGCUCAAAGCGCUUCCAUUGUGUGCAUUAUUCAUUCACUCCUCAUUCAUACUUGGUGAUGGUAAGCUACUGGGGCAGACUGACGGAGGCGUGGCUGCCAGUUCGCGCCUACAGCUGGGAUCAUUCAUGUUAACGCAGUAGUGUUAAGGGCCUUGCCCAAUUAUGGGGCCUCAUUGAGUGAUGUUAACUGCUCGCUGAUAUGGUAAUUGCCCCAUUACCAUUGUUCACCUUACCAACCGAGCUACCAAGCCGCCACAAAAGACACUCAUUUGAUGAUCAAAAGGUACAGAUUCUUGACAGAGAAGACAAAUUGAAAGAGGAGUCAGAGAAGCAACGUACAUGUUAAUAACCCUUCCCCCUAUUGACCAUACUGCCCUUUCAUUAGUUCCAAAGAACACUAAGAUUGUGUUGGAAUUCUUUCGCUACUCACUACUUAGUGCAAUGUAUAGUGUGUUUCCCAGAAGUCUCUGUGAAAAACCAGCGAUGCAUUGACAAUGCAUUGACUUGAAAUGAUUAAUAAUAUGGGAAAUCAAGUAUUUUAAUCUAUUUUUAUAAACCAUCCAGAUUUUCAUCUUUAGAACACAGUUUUUCUUUAAAUAGUUUUUUCUAAAAUGUUCAUAUUUAUUUGGUUUUUACUUAGGGAAAUUGGUGAUGUCAUGAUGACGUCAAGACUACUUUUUGGAUGUUUUAAAGCCUUUUUUAAAAUUAAUUAAUUAAUUAAUUCAGAGAAGAUGGGGAUAAAAUAUAUGAUUUUUUUCCCCAACCUCUUAGUUCUCCCUAUAAUGUGCGUGUAAACACAUUGUCUGAGUCAAAAUUGCACAAUAAGAAACAUAUGGCUAAAAUAUCUCAUGGAAUACCCAGCACCAAGUAAAAUUAUACUGUAAAACUGUAUUUUUUCGUACUUCAUGAAUUAUUGUAUAAAGCUGUGAAUCCAUUGUGUUUAAAAGUCUGUUUAGAUGACUUGUUCAUGCAACAAAGAGUUAGUUUAGAUGUAGAUCUAAGUGUUGAUAUUGUGCUUUUUACAAAAUGCAGCAUUACAAUUUGAAUUUAAGCUGUGUGAUGCAGUUUGUCACAACACAAGUGUUCUGGUCUGUCACAGUGAUCUAAAGAAUAAAUAGUUCUCAGGGCGUUUGCCCAGCACUCUGGUA